GUUUAAAGCUCAAAUAUGCUGUCAUCCUCAUUACGCCGCGCGGCUUGGGCACCGGUAGCGCCAGUGGCUGGUAUCUGUCGCUCGUCUACCCAGGGCCUGGCUACAACAUCUGCUGGCAUCGUACGUCAACGCCGUUACUCUUCCUCAUCCUCUAAGCCGAGCGACGGCUCCAGAAAGGUCGACGCUUCGUCUCAAGCGCCCGCGAAAGACGUCAGCUCCGCCGGAGAGAAGCAGGGUAAGUCCCCUAGACGCCGGGGCAAGGAUGGCAGUGGCAGUGGCCGCAACGGCUCCAGGUCCAACCAGCCGAAUGCUUUUUCGAACCUUCCCAGUGUUCCCUCGACGCAACAUUUGCAGCCACACGAUGUUCAACUCGCAUCAUUCUUUUCUAUCCACCGACCAAUCUCCGUCUCCACGACAGUUCCUCCACCCUCCACCCCCGAAGCGUUCGACUCGAUAUUCACCAAGCAGCCUUCUAAAAACUCUUCGGACGAUGUGAUAUUCACCCUAUCCUCGGCAGUUAACUCGAUGGAGCAUGCCGCGCACCAUCUCGCCGAGAACGACGGAAUAAUGAACGCGUUUGAGAUGGAGAGCAACCAGCUCGAUGGCCUAGACAUGACCGAGUUGAAGAUGUCUGUGGAGGAAAUGACCAAGCGUCUCCGCCCAUUCAACCCUCCACCACCGCCGACUCCUUACGUCGCCUCGGCGGAGGCUGAGCAACGCCAGGAAACGUCGAGCUACUCCGCUGUCCUUACCAUUCAAGAGUCCACUCUCUCCGACGGCAGCAAGACCUAUGAAGCUCACACCACCCCGUUCGUCCAAGCUAGGACCAUGGAGGCUCCUAGCGCUGAGGGGAUCGAUGCCGUCAUCGACGUUCCUCAGGGCUCCCAGACCACCUACCUUGAGCGCUUGCGCAACCCUGGAACCAUGCAGGCGCUCAGUACACGACGACGACGUAUUCGCAAGAUGAAGAAUCACAAGUUCAAGAAGCUGCUGCGCCGCACGAGAACACUGAGGCGAAAGCUCGACAAGGCCUAAUCAGGUCAACCUGCAUUUGCUAUUUCGCUUAUUACGUGCCUUGGUCGCUGGUUGUAACUCUGUCUUCACUUGUUCAUCCGACUCCUAUAUCUAACCUCUCCAAUCGAGUUCAUUUUCAUUUUA